AUGGCAUGGCAGAUGCUCGCAAUGAAUUAUACGGUCGUUGGAAGGUCCUUCUUUUCCCCCAGCCUUGGUCCCAAGGGGACACUCCAAGAUGGUAUAGAGUAUCGGCUAGGGUUUUACCAAAGCCUUCGUCCUACUCAGAUGGGGCUAUCGCUUAAUAUCGCAAUAGCCACGGUGAAGGGGCGUCAAGGUGAAACUAUCAGGGUUUAUGUGCGAGGCAAGAUUUUAGGAUACAAAAGAUCGAAGUCAAAUCAGUAUCCGAGCACUUCAUUGUUACAGAUCGAGGGAGUUAACACAAAAGAGGAAGUUACAUGGUACCAAGGGAAACGCAUUGCCUAUAUAUACAAGGCCAAGGAGAAGAAGAACGGAUCACAAUACCGUUGUAUUUGGGGGAAUGUUUCACGUCCUCAUGGUAACAGUGGAGUUGUUCGAGCUAAGUUCAAGUCUAACCUUCCUCCCAAAUCUAUGGGCGAUAGAGUGAGGGUUUUCAUGUACCCAAGCAAUAUCUGA